UUCCCGCGGCUCCGGGGCUCGGCGGCGCUCGGCGUGGUUGCCAUGGCGGCGGUUGCUGCGGAGACGAGGUGGCAGCUGCUGCUGGUGCUGAGCGCCGCGGGGCUAGGGGUCACGCUUGCCCCGCAGCCGCCCAACAUCCUGCUUCUGGUCAUGGACGAUAUGGGGUGGGGCGACCUGGGGGUGUAUGGAGAGCCUUCCCGAGAGACCCCGAAUUUGGAUCAGAUGGCGGCGGAAGGGAUGCUCUUCCCGAACUUCUACACAGCCAACCCCCUGUGCUCGCCAUCCAGGGCAGCUCUGCUCACCGGACGCCUGCCCAUCCGCACCGGCUUCUACACCAGCAACGGGCACGCCAGGAAUGCCUACACGCCGCAGGAGGUGGUGGGUGGCAUCCCCGACUCGGAGCACCUGCUGCCAGAGCUGCUGAGGACAGCCGGCUACGCCAGCAAGAUUGUGGGCAAAUGGCACCUGGGCCAUAGGCCUCAGUUCCACCCCCUGAAACAUGGAUUUGACGAGUGGUUCGGGUCCCCCAACUGUCACUUUGGCCCUUACGACAACAAGGCCCGGCCCAACAUCCCCGUGUACCGGGACUGGGAGAUGGUCGGCAGAUAUUACGAAGAAUUCCCAAUUAACCUGAGGACUGGGGAAGCCAACCUUACCCAGAUCUACGUCCAGGAGGCGCUGGAUUUCAUUAAGAGGCAGCAGGCCGCUCGCCGCCCCUUCUUUCUCUACUGGGCCGUCGACGCCACACACGCACCUGUUUACGCCUCCAGGCCCUUCCUGGGCUCCAGCCAGCGUGGGCGGUACGGGGACGCAGUCCGGGAGAUUGACGCCGGCAUCGGGAGGGUCCUGCGCCUCCUGCGGGACCUGGGGGUCGCGGAGAACACGUUUGUCUUCUUCACAUCUGACAACGGCGCGGCUCUCAUCUCCGCACCCAAACAAGGUGGCAGCAAUGGGCCCUUCCUGUGUGGGAAGCAGACCACGUUUGAAGGCGGAAUGAGGGAGCCUGCGAUCGCGUGGUGGCCUGGCCGCAUCCCUGCUGGCCAGGUGAGCCACCAGCUGGGCAGCAUCAUGGACCUCUUCACCACCAGCCUGUCUGUCGCAGGCCUGGAGCCACCCAGUGACAGGGCCAUCGACGGCCUGGACCUCCUCCCGGCCAUGCUGCAGGGCCGGCUGAUGGACAGGCCGAUAUUCUAUUACCGCGGCAACACGUUGAUGGCGGUCACCCUUGGCCAGUACAAGGCCCACUUCUGGACCUGGACCAACUCCUGGGAGGAGUUCAGACAGGGCGUUGACUUCUGCCCCGGACAGAACAUCUCAGGGGUCACCACCCACACGCAGGAAGAGCACACGAAGCUGCCCCUGAUCUUCCAUCUGGGACGAGACCCAGGGGAGAGGUACCCCCUCAGCGUUGCCAGCACCGAGUACCUGGACGCCCUUCACAGAAUCACCUCCGUCGUCCGGCAGCACCAGGAAACCUUGGUCCCCGGACAGCCCCAGCUCAACGUGUGCAACCAGGCGGUCAUGAACUGGGCACCCCCCGGCUGUGAAAAGUUAGGGAAGUGCCUGGAACCCCCAGAGUCUGUCCCGGAGAAGUGCUCCUGGCCCCACUAGCGCCUCCUUGGGCUCCAGCCAGGUCCAGGAUCUCCAGACCCUGCAAGUGCCGGCGGCUAGGAAGGCUCCGGCCUCAGGGCUGCUGUGCUGGAAGAGCACCAAGUGUCCUGUGCCAGACGGACACCACCUGCUGCGCUUAUUUACCUGAGCUGGGCCCUGGAGUUACUCCUCAGUCACUGCCGCCUCAGGCCCAGAGCAGCCCCUGAACUGGAUGCUGCCCAGCGGGUCUCAGGACCCCUGUGCGACUCAUGCCCUCCCCCUCUGCUCCAACUACCUCCCGGCUGGCCCCGAGUACUUCAGGCCUGGUGUCCAAGGCAGCCAUGACAAUCCUGUCACCCCUUGGCGCUGUGCAGAGGGGAUACCCUGGCAUCCCCCACGGUGGGGGACUGGGAACAUGAAAGGGAGGAGGCCACGGGCCUCCCUGACCCAGACCCUCCACAGCCAAGUGGGGACAGCUGAUGCCACCCCUUCCUUAGAGAUCCAAGCCCCCCACGCCUGACCCCAGCACACUCUGGGGCCUGUCUGCCUCACAGCUGCCCUGCCGACCCUCCCCUCGGGCCCAGGGUGGCAGAGCUUAAGGAUAAGCCCGUUCACCAGCGAAAUCACAAGAGCCCUGUGCAGACUCCAGCGCCCUCGCCCUGAAGGCCCCUGGACCAUUUCAACCCCAAGUGGGGCUUCCACUCUGCAGACUGUCGUGCCAAAUCUGUACUGGUGUAAGAUUGGGGAAUUACGAAGAAAACAGUUUUAGAAUAAAGGAACACAUUUAAGCAG